AUGCCAUCGUUUUAUACAUUCCAAUCACUUUGCCGGCUCACCCCAAGCUGUAAAUUACGGGGCUUCUACGUAAAACUCAUUAGACAACCACUUCCUCUUCAACUAUCUCCCGACAAGCAUAACUUCAUCAGUAUACGCCACAUUGGCACACGAUCUAGUAAUGCCUCUACACAUCAUAAAUUGGCACAAAAUGCAAACCUAGAAGAUCAUUUUGCUAGUCCGACUUCUAAUGCUAACUCUUGGAUGUCGGCAGGCAGACCGCGCCUUUCGAGAUUUGGUGCUCGACCAACUAUCAUCGCACUCGCAAGCAUAGCAUUUUCCGCAAUUACAAUACUGUCUUUCAAAAAAUAUAUGAUAAACCAAGAGGCUAGGCAUAUCCUUCAUCCUGAUAAAUUUACGCCGUUUGAGAUAAUCAGGCGAGAAGUGGUUUCGUCCACCGCUAUCCUCCUGACCGUCUGUACUCUACACGAUUCUCCUGAAAUAGAACAUCCUGAUCCUUACGCGCAAUGGUGGCAGAGGGGUAUUUGGUCUGUAGAGGUUAAGCAACCACAAUUGCAAAUAGCCCGCUCAUACACCCCGCUCCCUCCCAGCUCGGGGGAGCCGCAGCAUCAUCUCCGAUUCCUCAUUCGAAGGCAGCCGAAGGGCGAGAUGUCCAAUUAUUUAUACAAAUUACACGUGGGCGCAAAGAUCUAUCUACGUGGCCCCAAAGUUGAAUUUGAACUACCCGAGGUCGUGGGGCAAGUUUUAUUUCUCGCAGCUGGCACAGGAAUCGCGCCUGCUUUACAAAUUAUCCAUACCCUACUAGAGCGACAAUCCAACGAUAAACCUUGCCCCUUUGUCCACAUCAGCUGGGCUAAUCGUCUUCGUGAGGAUUGCAAAGGGGGAAAUGAGGUGGGAAUAAAGAGUAACGGAUCGAGAAACCACGAUCGAGACAUCAAUCUUAUUGUUCAGGAGCUCGAAGCCUUGCGCCAGAAAUAUCCCAACUAUCUCACUCUUGAUUACCUGGUUGAUGAAGAGCGAACUCGCUUUACGCCCCGAAAGUUGUCGCAGCUCGUGAAAAUUAACCCUUGCACAGAAAACAGACCUGGGGCACGUUUAUUAUUUGUCUCUGGCCCAGAGGGUUUCAGUGAAGCUAUGGCUGGACCUAAGAAGUGGGAGGACGGCGAUGAGAAACAGGGUGAACUCGGUGGUAUUUUGAAAAGACUAAGCUUAGAUGACUGGAAGAUUUGGAAGCUCUAA